GUGCCAAAAAGAAGCUGAAUAUCGGUCGACAGUAACGGGCUGUCUUGUUUUGAUCCGAAAAGAGAUGUUUCAGAUGCACUCUGUCGCUACAACAACUUUGAGCAGCAUCCGCUCGCAGUCAGCCAUCACGGUGGCGAGAAACGCACUAGAAACUGCGUGAUUUCGAACAUGACUUGGUCACAGCCAAAGUCUUUCCUUACGGGAAUACACUCAAUCAUAUCGAGGAAGAUCGUACCAUGGGUCGAGCUCAACCUUCUUACGCCCCCAUCGCUCAACAAGGCUUUCGAAAGGACCAGAGAGCCAAACACGCACGCGUCAUAAUCACCAAGACAAUUCCGCAAAUCCUGAAUUCCGAUGCAAGAGCGCGGAAAGGUGUUGCAAACGCUGAGCUGAUCUCGCAUCCUCCAGGCGUCAAGAGUCGAAGCAAGAAAGCUACGAGGCGCGCAAGCCAAGGAGCUGAUGACUCUUCUCAAACGUCCCCGAAUCAGGACUCUGCCUCGCCUUCUUUGGAGCUUCGCAUCCACGUCGCAGACACACUUGUGGUAGCGCAAGAUCUGCACCAUAGUUCAAGGUCUAAGAAGAAUGUCGCUGUUCUCAACAUGGCCUCGCCUUUGAGACCUGGUGGCGGCGUGCUGAACGGCGCAACAUCACAAGAAGAACUGCUGUGUACACGUACCACGCUCUUGCCGUCAUUGAAGGAAGAAUGGUAUCGUCUGCCUGAGCUCGGCGGAAUCUGGUCACCGGAUGCUCUCGUCUUCCGUUUGCAAGAAGAAACUCUUCCGAAGGCUCGGCGAUUUUAUGUCGAUGUUAUCUCAGCGGGCAUGUUACGAUUUCCAGACCUUACAGAGCAUGGUUGCUAUGCGAGUCAAAAGGAUCGAGAUCUUGCCCGAGAGAAAAUUCGACGUGUGCUACAGAUUCUGGUCGAGAAGAAAGCCGAUCGCGUCGUGUUGGGGGCUUGGGGCUGUGGAGCCUACGGAAACCCUGUUCAUGAGAUUGCUCAAGCGUGGAGGUAUGCGCUGCGAGGAGAAUGCGGCAAUUUCAAUCAGGUUGUUUUCGCUAUCAAGGAUUCUCGCAUGGCAAGAGAAUUCGCUGGGGCAUGGGGCGAUGAGAUCGAGGUGAUGGAGGAUGGAAAGGGUAUGGCAUCGGCUGGUGAGUCAGAAGAGGACCGAGAGAGGGAAGAGCUCUUGCAGAAGAUCGAGACGCUUGAAUCGCAGAUCAAGGAGGUCAAGACGCCAAUGUUGAAGGAGAGUUUGGAGGGCACUUUGCGCGCUUUAAGAAUGGAGCUGGCGAAAGCCAACCAGGACGCAAGCGAUGACGAGGAAGACAGCAGCUAAACUGAUGCUUUCUGAUACUUUCUGAUGCCAGCAUCAACAAAGCAGACGUCUUGCUCCAACGCAAACUCCAGUGACGCAUACACGAGUCUUUUCAUCGAGGGCCCUCCCUAUACUCAACCUAAUCACUCUUCACAUUGCGAGCUCGUGUGCUGUCGCGAGAUAGCAUUGGUAGCAGUCCUCUGUAUGCUUUGUCCCUGCUGUGGGACAAGGUUCGAUCAUUGCUUUGGAAUCGACCAUGGAACCGUG